GAGCGAGGGAGCGAGUGAGUGAGAAAGAGAGAUUGAGGGAGGGGAGUGCUGGCAGCCCGGCGAGGCCUUGCAUAACACACAUUUGAGUGCUGCAAGCAGGGCUCAGAGCUCAGUGUUGCCAGUGUGACACUCGGGCCCGUCGGGGCAGGGGGGCAGUGCCUGAUCACAGCCAUGACCUAGAGCAGGAAGGGCCUCUGUACAUGCCAGGCACACAGCUGUACAUCCAUAAGGUGUCAUGACGGGGGGACAAAGGAACUCACAAUAAGGGAGAAAGAGAAGGCUCGCUUUGUGUCUGUUUGCCUCUUGUGGGCGCUCUAUGGGAAUUAGGGAAUGACAGAGGGAGAGCAAUGUAAAUGGCCUCUCUGAACACUAAGGUUCUUCUUGCACUCCUGGAGACUCGCUCUCAGAGGGAAAUGAUUCCACAUGAAUUGCAUGGACCGCACUUCCACAGCAGGUGUGACUUCCGUUGAUUACGACUGAAAUUUGUGUCUGUCUAACCAUAGGCACAGGACACACUGUCCAAACACCACUCUCCUCUCUUACCCCUAUCCCCAGUCUCACCGUAAGUCUAUCAGUGGGAGGGUGCUCUCUGUUAUCAAGACAAACAUAUACAAAGAGAAAAGAGCAAAAGAUAUAAAAGGGGGAAGAAGCAUCCAGAAAGAGUGGUACAGGAUACAGAGACACCAUGAAGUCAAACCAGGAGAGGAGCAAUGAAUGCCUGCCACCAAAAAAGCGUGAGAUCCUUGCCAGCACUCUGCCCUCAGAGGAGAGGCCCAUGAUUAUGGCGCCUGCCAAUGAGAGCCAGCGUGGUGGGAACCUGGCCUGGCUUGCCAGUCUGGCAAGCGGGCAUGAAAGAGGGCGGCAGCACACCAGCACCUCUGCAGAACUUGUAGGUCCUCAAUAUAAGCUGCUGUCUACCCCGUCUGAGAGUGCCACUCCAUCAUCCACGCACUCAAACAGAGCUCCAACUGCAGUGACCACCCUACCUGCAGUGUAUACGUCACCCCUUACUCAGCCCACUGGCACCAUCCAGUACACAUCCCUGCCUCCCAAUGUACACUUCAUCAGCUCUCCAUACCCUGCACCUUACACUGGCUACAUCUCUCCACUAGUACCCCAUUCUGUUGCUGCCACCACACAGCGUGAGUCUUAUGCCAGCACAUCAAGUUCUCAUUCAUCUAAAAUUGACCAGCAUCAUCAAUUGGGCCGACCACCAGGCCUAGUCACAUCAGACAGCAUCUCUUCUCCCCACUCCACCCAGUACAUCCAAAUCACCGGUUCUCCUCUAAGUCUAUCCCCCCGGACUGCUCCAUCACCCCAUGCUCACUUGCCCCAACACUUACAACCUCACCACACGCUGCCCAUCAGUGGUGCCUCUCAGGUCUUAGUUCAAUACCCAGAUGGAAUUUUACCCAAGAAGGAGGAGACCAGGCCCAGAGAGUUGUUGAAUGGAGAGCUGGAGAAAGACAGGCGCUUUGGUCCAUCUCCAGAUUCUAGUGCAGGGAAGCAAGGCAGCACUUUUAAAGGGGCCUCCUCUGCUCAACAGCACCAUAUCCACCAGCAACAUAGCCCACAUCACUAUGAGGCUCGACAUGUAGUCCUCCCUACCGAAUAUACACAGGACUGCAUGGCCAUGCGGCCCUCAUUGUUGCUGGUACCCAAUAGUCAUAGCUCCAGUGGUGUUGAUCCUAGAAAUACACCGGACAAGCUACCUCCCCCAACAUCACACACUGAAAAAGGAGGUAUUUGUGCAGGCAAACCUGUGCCCCGCAUUUCCUCCACCUCUACGUCCCAUACUUUUCCUCCACCUGUGGAAAAUCUGAAGGGAGCUGUUACAACAUUGUCACCCCAUGCAGUAAUCCAGACCAUGCACAGCACCACAGAGUCACUCUCAUUGGGCCUCCCCUCUGCCAACUUCUACACCACCCAACAACCCAUCAUUGGUUACAUUGCCGGCACAGGGCACCAGCAACCUUUUAGCUACCACACCAGCCUACCCCAGCACCUGGUCAUACCUGGAACUCAGCCGGUCAUCAUCCCAGUGACUGGAACAGAAGCAACUGUUACAUCGACCACACCACCCUUGCCUGGGGCACUGCCUGUGGAAACUUUUGAGACUCCGGCCCCAUACUCUGCAGCAGCGGUUGUUCAAGCCCAGCUGCACCUGCCUGUGGUUACAGCCUCUGCCGGCCUGCUGACGGCUCCACCUCCACCCUCUGCCCCCUUAUUGCCCCCUUACUUCAACAAGGGCUCCAUCAUCCAACUUGCAGAUGGGGAGCUGAAGCGGGUGGAGGACCUAAAGACAGAGGAUUUCAUUCAGAGUGCUGAGAUUAGUAAUGAGCUGAAGAUUGACUCCAGCACUGUUGAACGCAUUGACAACAGUCGUGCAUCUGACUUCGCCAUUAUACAGUUUGCUAUUGGAGAGCACCGCUCACAGGUCAGCGUCGAAGUGCUAGUAGAGUAUCCAUUCUUUGUAUUCGGCCAGGGCUGGUCAUCAUGCUGUCCAGAACGGACCACCCAGCUGCUAGAGUUGCCAUGCACCAAGCUUUCAGUGGGUGAUGUCUGCAUCUCCCUCACCCUGAAGAACCUGAGGAAUGGCUCCAUCAAGAAAAGCCAGGGGCAAGUCUUGGAUGCACCAACCCUUGGUCCACCAUUUAAGCAUCCCAAAGCACUCUCAAGUGGGGCACGAGGGGGUGUUCGGCACACAGAACAGGAGAACGGACUUGGGCGGUGUGCAGAUCAGGGAGGUGGAGGCAAUAAGGGCAGUAGAGAGAAUGGAGUGAAACUGAAGUUUGGGGAGAGGGACAUCUGCAAAGCCCCACUGGCCUCUGCAUCGGAGCCUAGCAGGAAACACACAGGCCGCAAAAGAAGGUGGUCGGCCCCUGAGGGCCGCAAAGUAGAAAAUCCAGACGUAGAGCCCCCGUUAACGUUCCCUAAGCCUUCUUUCAUUCCUCAUGAGGUUAAAAUCAAUAUUGAAGGCAGAUCAAAUAAUGGCAAGUGAAUGACCAUUGGACUGUCAGGUUUUUAAAUGCAAAAUUUGCAAAAAUCCCUUUUCUUUUUUUUUACUUUUUAUUUUACUUUUUUUCUUUCCAGAUUAUUUUACCUUAAGACUAAUUUUACUCCGUUUGUAUAUUAUCACUUCACAUGUUGUAAUACCAUUGUAAUAGUACACAGGCAAUUGGUUGUUAUACCAUAUUCAAUAUUACACAGGCAAUUGAUGCAAUUCAUUUGAUUGAUCAAAUUCAGUUCAGAUGUAGUGCAAGGUGAGAAGGUUGUGGGACACCUGAGCACUGCAUGAUAUCUUGAAGACUGUAUACAUUCAUACAUUCAUAGCUAACCAGGCUAAGACUUCUCUCUAGUCUCUUACCUAUGACAUUGUUUGGCCUGGACAAACCUAGUCCAACUACACUUAGUGGAAAUAAAAAUGUAUAGUGUAAGCUUGAAAAUUAUAACAUUGCUCAUAGUAGCUGAAUGGAAAUGACUCCUCCACUGGAUGCAGGAGUUUACAUGUCUGCCAUACUUUUAAGGCAAUCUAAUGUUUAACUGCGAAUAUAGAAGACUAUUGAAAUCAUGAACAAUGUUGAGGGAUAUCAUCAAUGCAGUUUGUCCAGAUUAUUAAGGAACAGGACAAGAGAGAUGUCAUCAAGCAGUGCCAGUUGCUCUUUAGAAAGAUCUUAUGAAUCUAUCAUGUUAAACAGGGAAGAUGGAUGAUUCUAUUUUUAUAUAUCCAACUGUUUAACAUUUUAUUUGAUCAUUUUUGUAGUUUUGCAUGUUUUAAUUUUAUGUCUAAAUUUUCAAACCCUCCUAUCACACCUGAUGGGUAGAUUUUUGUUCUUAUUUUGUGAUGAAUGUUUAAAUCUUGCAAUCAGGGGUCAUUUAUUACAUAGACACAGGAUGGGUCCUUGUCUGUGUGUAUGUGCAUGGAUGUAUCUUAAUGCAUACAAACACAAUGGGUCGAUUUUGGUGAGGAAAUUGACCAGUCCCUUAAAUGUAGUGCUCCGUCUCAUCUGUUUUUUGUUUUUUUUAAUGUGAGAAAAUAGAUUAUUUUGAAAGAAAGAGAGCUAAAGUUAUAUGAGAAAGACGAGCGAGGGGUUGUUCUGAAGCACUGAACACACUUGGUAUGCUCACUAGCUAAUAUUUUUAAAUCAACUGAUUCAAAUUAUUAUGCUGAUAAAGAUUAUUGUAAUAUUGAUUAUUGCUAUUAUUAUUAUUAUUAUUAUUAUUAUUGCUACUACUAUUUUCUGUUGAUCUCUGAACAUGAACACAGUACUUUUUGCUUAGUACCCUACUGAGAUAAACAGCUUAUUCCUGCCUAAGCUGGCCAUAGUUUUAGAGGACAUUUAGCACUUUUCAGCUUGGCCAGGCUGGGAGACCAGCUAACCAGUUUAGGCUGGUUUAAGAUGUUUUUGCAGGGUAAUGAAUUGGAUGUUGUGUGGCACUCUGUGGGAAGGUACUAGCUCACAAAAGGGUCACGUGUUUUGUGAAGGGAUGAAUGUAAUAUGUAAUGAAAGAGAAGAAAAGGAGAUUUUAUCCCCAAGGGGACUGCUUUUAAUGAAGCACUUUUCUUGUUGAUCUGAUUGGCUCAGCCUAACGGCUUGAGUUAAGACUGGCACAAAGAGGGCGUGGCCUUUAAAACAACUGCCAUUUUAAUUAUUCAAAGCAAAAAGUGAUGUAAGAAAGUAUGAAUUCAGGCAGAAAAAAGUACAGAGACUGUUCAAAUAUAUAUAUGUGUGUACGUGUGCGUGUGUGUGUGUGUGUGUACGAGAGAUAUGAGAAUGAGAACGUAAAAGAGUAAGUGAGAAACUGGCUACAGAAAUCUAAGAGGGGUUAAAGGGUAUCAUCUACAUGUUUGCAAGCAAUGUACUUGGGCAGGCAUGCAUGCAAGUUUGAUUGUAUGUGUUAAUGAGCACUCGCAUAUGUACAUACACGUACACAUAAUCUGCAAUUAUUUUGAACUAUGUCAUGUAUUUUUAUUUGUAUUUUUUGUACCUUUACAUGUAUAGAACUGUAUAUGCUAUCUGUCUUAACGUAUGAGAGCGCAAGACUACAUGAGCACAUUUUCAGUCCCGUCACCCAAAGACACUGAAUCAUUGAACGUAUGUGAAAGCCAUCAUGUAGUAAUUUCGGUGAUUUGUAAUAUAUGCGUUUGUGAAUGUUAGAGAGAGAGCAUGCGUGAGUGUGUGCGCCAUGUGUUUGUGUGUAAGUGUUUGUGUGUGUGUAUGUAUAAUACCACACACAUUAUAAAUAGAUAUUUAAGUUCUACUUAAAAGAAUAUUGCAAUUUGCACAUCUGGAGAGAUAGUAACAUGAUUUUUAUUUUGUUUUCAGUCAGCACAGAACAGGGCUGAAAAUCUGAUUUUACUGAAAUGUAGCAGUUUCUUGACAAGUUCGCCUGGCUCACAGGUCUGAAGACUAUGUCCCUCAACUCUUUCAAUUAGGAAACCAGGAAGCCCCUAUUCAAGGUCCCACCAGCGGAUUGAGUCACACACAAACACAUGAACACAAUAUUGUCUGUUGUUGAGGGGUUUUUGUGGGGUGUUAGGUGCCAUCCCUGCUGCAAAAACCCAGCUUAGACCAGCAUGAAUUUCCAUUUUAGGCUGGCUUAUGCUGGUCUUUUUAACAGGGAUGACCUGUAGCCUGCACGCUUGUUGAGUUCUUUGGUUGGCCACAACCGCUCAAGUUAGAUUGAGUGAGUGAAGAUCUGGCAGUAAGGUGAAGGUAGAUAGAGGUAGUUAAUAAACGUUGAAUGGCUAAAUGAAUGAAUGAGUAAACAGAUAAAAUGAGUGGUGGUGGGUGGGUGAGUGCAACCUAUAUACAAUUUGAAAAUGCUUUAUUUUUUAUAAUAAAACAGGGGUUCUUAGAUCAACACCACAACUGUGUUUUUUUCUUUUUUUCAUUUGACAUGGCAUCUUGUUACCUUGAUUUGUGUGUGUGUGAGUCUGUCUUACUUGGAUUGUAUGUAUGUACUGUAUGUAUCUGCUUCCACCAAUCAAAAUGUAUAUUUUUGUUCAAUACAUUUGGGCCAAAAGGUAGAAAGAUGAUGUGAUAUUGUUUGCCCAUUGGCAUGCAUACAAUGAACCACCCCAUGAACAUGGCCAUCAAUGGCAAACCAGUCUUGCA